GAUUCUGUCACUAUAUUGACGGUGAAACAUGAACCAAGCUCAGCGAGCUGUAUUCAGACCAUCGACAUAUCCGCUCUGCGAUUAGCCUUUUCUGUGUUAUUUGUUCCCUGUCGAGGAGUGACACUUAGCCGCCUCAGACCUUUUUUCUCUGUGCUGAAAGACUGUUAAAUCGCUGGCGCUGGAUCUCUCGUGCGAGAAGAUGUGCGUGGAAAGCGAUGGAUGUGAAAUUGAGGGUUGCAGCAGUUCGGAUGAGGUGCACACGCUGUCGCGAAGCAUGAGCACAAAUCUCAAAUCGAACCCGGACCUCCAUCCGUGCAAGCCAGGGCAGAAAUUUCGUGCUGCGUUGCUGCGAUGCCGGUCUCCGACUGCCGCCGCGGGAAUACUCAGUUUCGGAAACGUGCUCAAUUACAUGGACAGAUACACGGUAGCCGGUGUGCUGCUUGACAUUCAGAGACACUUCAGCGUAAGCGACAGUGGAGCUGGCUUGCUACAAACAGUGUUCAUCUGCAGUUUCAUGGUGGCUGCCCCCAUCUUUGGUUACCUAGGCGACCGCUUCAACAGGAAGGUCAUCCUGAGCUGUGGCAUCUUCUUCUGGUCUGCCGUGACGUUGCUGAGCUCCUUCAUCACCAAAGAGUACUACUGGUUGUUCGUGCUGUCCAGAGGACUUGUGGGCAUCGGAGAGUCCAGCUACUCUUCCAUCUCUCCAACGAUCAUCGGGGACCUGUUCACCAACAACAGCAGGACCAUAAUGCUCUCCGUGUUCUACCUGGCCAUCCCGCUGGGAAGCGGCCUCGGCUAUAUCCUGGGAUCCAGUGCUAAGGAUGCAGCAGGAGACUGGCACUGGGCCCUGAGGGUGUCGCCUGUUCUGGGCAUGACGGCGGGCGCGCUCAUCUUCUUGUUCGUGCCUGAGCCGAAGCGAGGCAGCGCUGACCAGCCCGGCGGCCGCCUCAGGACCCGCACCUCCUGGGUGUGUGACAUGAAGGCCCUCGGCAAGAACCGCAGCUACGUGUUCUCGUCGCUGGCAUCGUCCGCCGUCUCCUUCGCCACGGGUGCCUUCGGCAUCUGGAUCCCCCAGUACCUGUUCAGAGCUCAGGUGGUCCAGAAGACUGCGCAUAGCUGCACCGAGCAACCCUGUAGCAGCAAGGACAGCCUGAUCUUCGGCGCCAUCACGUGCGUGACGGGCUUGCUGGGCGUGGUGAUCGGCGCGGCGACCACACGCUUCUGCCGCCAGAAGACGGAGCGGGCCGACCCGCUGGUGUGCGCAGUCAGCAUGUUGGGCUCGGCCAUCUUCGUCUGCCUCAUCUUCGUUGUGGCCAAGAUGAGCAUCGUCGGGGCAUAUAUCUGUAUCUUCAUAGGAGAGACGCUGCUCUUCUUGAACUGGGCCAUAACGGCGGACAUUUUAAUGUACGUUGUCAUACCAACAAGAAGAGCCACUGCAGUUGCCUUUCAGAGCUUUACUUCCCAUUUACUAGGAGAUGCUGGGAGUCCGUACCUAAUAGGCCUGAUAUCAGACGCACUGCAGGAGAGCUACGCUACAUCAGUCCUGUGGCAGUUCCUGAGCUUAGGCUACGCCCUCAUGCUAUGUCCCUUUGUCAUCGUACUGGGGGGCAUGUUCUUCCUCAUCACUGCCCUCUUCUUCCUCGAUGACCGGGACAAGGCAGAGAAACAUACAAAUCAGCUCUCUCGGCCUCCGUCCACAGUAAAGGUCACCAAGUGAGAGGAGGGCCAGAGUGGGAGGAGCGAGAGCAAGCCGGGGGAUUACGUGGGACGGAGAGAUGGAGGAAGGACAGAGCUGGAGCUAGUGGCGUCUCCUGCUGCACACUACCAUCACCGCCAUCGUCACCGCCUCUGCUGCCGUUCUGUUUUUAUCUGUCGUGUGGAGGCUGGCCUGAACGUGAGCAAGUGAGACGCCUCGUUUGUCCCAGGAAUCAUCACAUCCCACCAAUAAGAUGGAGCGGUGUGGGAAAAUCAGCCAACCGGCAGUUUGUGGGCAGCUCUCAUAUGAGGAUGUGCAGUGUGGGGGUUUCCUGUAGGGCUCAGGGGUUGGGUCAGGGGGUCAGGAACCUCCUUAGUGCCAUACUACUGAACACGGACACACACUCUGUCCCGUCACGCUGCCUGUCAGUCUGCACCAAGUGCCAUAGCAUCACAUUCCUCUAAGGGUCCAGCACUAACCACGCCUACAGCCAAAUGGAGCUCACUGAUAGGCCAAAAUGAUGUAAAUAGGGAAAUGAAGGAAUCAGUGACUUCACAAUCAUCUGGAAGGAGAGCAGCUGUAUGGCUUGCCUGCCUUAAUAACGCUGGCAUGGGCAAACGUCUGGUCUCUCAUCGUUUUCCUUUGGUGCAUUUUUCUCUCUUUUGCAUUUUUUCCUCUUUCUUCAUCUUAGCACUUACUGAUUUAAUGCAAUGCCAGUAAAAUGCUAAAUCAGGCAAAAAUAAUUAGCUGAAAUAUCAUAGUUUUGUGCUACACUUAUCUAAUUGUGUUUUUAUGAAUAUGAAGCCUGAGGUGUAUACCCAUGACUGUUCUAAAGGGGUUGCUGGGUAAAAACUACAUACUAUGGAAUGCAGUGAAACACUGGAGUGUAAAUAUUAUGUCUAAUUUAAGUUUGUAAAUUCUACCCCUCACCCCCAAACUUUCUGCCUUAUUUUCAAGAAUUAUGAAGAAAUACUAAUGAAUGGGACACACCGACCUCACGUAUACAAUGCCAAGGAGAAAAGACAGGAACAGUAAUAACAUUAAGCGAGCAAAGCCCAGGCGGCAGUGGCCUACCUUGUGAUUUGAGUUUUUCAUUGAGGGAUUAUUUACACAGACUGCUAGCCCACCCGUGGAAAAAGGGUCAAUUCUCCAUUAAACCCAGGAUAGGUUUCACAAAAGCCAGUCUGUAAGAACAGCAGUCUUUGUACGCUGGGCAUCGGUGCUUCGUCAGACGUAGAUAUCCCUUUCUGAAAGGAAGGAGAGCGUCUGAGCAGGGAUAAGAGUCAGCUCAGCCACGAGUGAAUUAGCUACUGAAAUCCUUCCUGGGAAGGAGAAAAAAAACACAUUUAAUUCUGAGUUUAAGCUAAAUCUGUUGCUUUUUUUGAAGGGAAGAUAGUACAUUUAGUUUAUAUUACAUCCUGUAAAAGCAUUUGGGUUAUAUUACAUCCUUUGGAAAAAGGAAAAUGUAUACCACUGCUGAUUAUUACGCCAAACAGCAAAUUGGAAAGGUGUGUGUGUGUGUGUGUGUGUGUGUGUGUGUGUGUGUGUGUGUGUGUGUGUGUGUGUGUGUGUGUGUGUGUGUGUGUGUAAAUAUAAAAUGGACAGUUGACAUUUUGCAAGCUUUCCAAUUUUCAACUUAAGUGUAAUGAUCAGAAUGAAUCUUGUUGCUGAAAUAGAACUUUCAUAGUCAGUGAAAAUCAAAUGUUUGAAAUGCUACAGAGUAGAUGUGAAUAUUGACUUCGUAUAAAUUAGGAGAAGCACUUUGCUUUUAAAGGAGAUAUUCCUGGAUAGGGAAAACUAGAAAAACUCACAAGAGUAGGCCAUGUUUACGUUUUUUUUUUUUAUCGUGAAAAUAUAUAUUAUUGCUGUUUCUCAAAUUAUUUGUAAGUCUAGUUUGUAAAAUAUGCAAUUUCAUAGAACUAACACCAUUGGAGAAAUGAAAAGCUUUGAUGAGGCCAAUAAUUUAUAUAUUUUCACUGUUUGAGUUGUGUUGCUUAAACAUUAGGGUUUUCCUUGUUCGAAUUUGUGUGCAACAUUUUGUAACCUUCCUUUACCAAAUGGAAACGAACUGUCUUUGAAGCUGUUGUGUAAAGGUGGUGUCCUAUCAAAGACAAGCAGAGGUGCUGCCCCUUUUCACAUUGAAAAAAAAAAGCACCUCGCAUGUAGAUUGAAGGGUUGUUUGUUCAGGAAGAGACUGGAAAACAAACAAACAAGCAAACAAAGCUUUGACAUCAUCUGUAUUGUGAAGGUCUGAGUCAUCAGCGGGAUUGUGGGAUACCGUCCUUAUUUGCCAGUUAAAUUCUCAGAGCUUUCAUCGUGCCGGGUAAGAAGCUAUCUGAAUGUGAGUCUGUCCGAUCCCAUGUGUUUACACAUGCAAAUUCAUUUUAAUUAAGGUUUUUGUAUUAUCAUUCUUUCAAGGAUGUCUUUUCUCUUUCUUUUCACAAAUAUUAGUUUUAUAUAUAAUAAUGCUAAAAGAUGGACAGUUAUAUUAUGCAGCAAUUUUAAUAUAUUGUAAACUACAGCUUUGAUGCAAUGUAUUUAUUUUUUCUUUAUUUGUUACCAUUGUUAAGAGAACUUUACAAAGGGAAAAACAUUAUGAACAUUAUGAAUAUCCUGUUUACUUUUGUCCUUUUUGGUUAUGAAAUGAAUCUAUGUAUCCUUAUCAGUGAAGAAUCGUAGUUUUAUCAUCUCAAAAAACUGUGCUUGUUCAUACAAAGACACGCAUACACACGCUCACAACUGCACACCAAAUAACAGCCGAGUGUGAAUUCACAGUACACCACAGUGCAGCCUCGUUCAGCAGUUGUUGUUGUUUUUGUUUUUUUUAGACCAAUGAAAUUAUACUAUUUUAAAAUGUAUUUUGCACAAGAAAUUAGUGUGUCAUUUUCAGAUGUUUUGUUUAGCAGUCUAAUAGUUGUACACUGGCUUUUUGCUACAGGGACUGUAACUAGUUGUGUUCCACAUUCGCACUACAUGCUGCCAACUGUUUCGAUUAUUUAGAAUUUGCUUAGUGAAAAGUGAAGCUCUCCGUGACCCUGGCCGAGGAACUGCGGGUCAGAGAUUCAUGACACUAAACUGAAAUCUGUUUUUGUGAGGUAGUUUUAAUAGAAGGAACACAAGGCUUGAUAGUGUGUACUGAGAAUGUGUUCUUUCUUGUCAUACAAGAGUCCUGUAUAGAGAAAACAUGUUUCUGAUGUUGAGCAGAAACUCAAAGGGGAUUUUAUUUUUAAGAGCAAGUGUGAUUAAAGCGAACAAAAAAAAGUUACAACGUUAUUAUCGCUAUCUAGGACGUUACUGUGAUACUCCAGCUGGAGUGUAUGAGAUGUAAACAUAUAUGUCAAUGAUCAAAAUAAACUUAUUUAAUCAAAGAUGAA